AUGGACAAUUUCUUAAUAAACUUGAUAUCAAAUAGUAGCAUUACUGACAUGGAAUUAAGCACAAUUCGUAAUGUUUGCUAUGCUGAACAAGAAGCUCAAGCACUAAAAUUAAUUGUACAGGACUCUAGAGCUCCGUUAAGUUACUUGGCGUUGAUUGUAAUUAUUUUUGCUGGUCCAUUAGGUGAUAAAUUUAAUAAGAAAAAGCCUUUUUUAUUACUGCCUUUGGUAGGAGAGCUUUUUUCAGUUUUCGCUUAUUUGAUUACCUCAAUAUUUAAGAGCACUGUUCCAAUGCAAUUUCAUUUGUACUUGGAAACGAUACUUAACUCACUCUGCGGUGGUUUUAGUUUGAUGUUAAUGGGUGUGUUCAGUAUUCUUGCUGCUACAACUUCAGAAGAACAUAGAACUUUUAGAUUUGGUGCUUUUUCUGCAUUUUUUUCUGGAGCUGGAAUAAUUUUGGCACCCUUAGCAACAUAUGUAUUUGAAUAUUUAGGUUAUGUCAAUAUGUUUCUACUUUGCAUCUUUAUACACGUAUUUGGAAUAAUUUUUAUAAUUUUCUUUAUUGACGAAUAUCCCCUUCCUACUGCCGCAGAAGAUAACCGUGUUGCAGGAAAAGAGAAUCCUGGAUACAUUGAAAAUGAAAACAAUGGUUCUAACUUGGAAUUAAAGUAUACAUCUAAACUUGAGAAUGGGUCAAAUAUCAAUAAUGAUAACAAAAACGAAACACACAAACAUUUCUGCCGGGAAACAAUGGAAAUGUCUAUUUCAAGUUUUAAAAUAUUUUUCGUUCACAGGAUCCUAGACAAGAAAAUCGUUCUAUGGCUUGUUAUAAUUGGAUUUUCAGUGUUUGCAUUUAGUAAUGUUGAUACUUUGCUUUUAAGCAGUUUCGGGAGAUUAGCUUGGGGUUGGACAACAGAAUUUGCUCUGUAUUCAUCUUUCAAUCAAGCUAUGAGUUUUAUUGGAACGGUGAUUGUCACAGCUGUUUUUGUUAAUAUGUUCAAGAUGAGCGAUCCACUUCUAGUAAUCAUUGCUGUAUUUUGUCGGCUAAUUUCACGGAUAUUAUACUCCUUUUUCAAAAAUACUAAUACAAUCUAUUUAGCUGGAGGCAUAGAUAUGUUCAAUAGUGCUCCUGUUGUUGCUAUCAGAAGUGUUUUAUCAAAAAUUGUAGAAGCCGAUGAAUUGGGUCGUUUAUACACUGUUAUGAGUAUUUUGGAAACUUUAGUAAAUCCCUUAGCUACUAAAGUAUAUGUCCAAAUACUUACCGAAACUUUGCAAACUGCUCCACAAUCAUUUUAUUUCCUUACUAUUGGAUUGUUAAGCUUAGUAAUAAUGCUUUUUAUACCAACGUAUGUGUUAGUAAAGAAAAUUUUCACUAAGGAAUCCAUCGAAGAAACAAAUCCUCACUAUCAGAAUGAAAAUGGAAUGGAAGUGUCAAAACUCUAAAGCUUUAACAUAAAUGGAAGAUGAC